CUGACAUCUUCUGUGAAGACAAGACUCCCUUUACCCCCUCUCCGCCCUUUUGACUUUUCUUUGCUUUCUUUUACAGCGCUAGCCGCCAAAAGAAAACCACCCUACAUUACGUACACCCCCAUAUAUCCUUUACCCGAUCACCUGCUCUUCACAGCAACAUAUCAGAACAUUAACAAUGCAGUUCACCAAGGUCGCUACUCUGCUCGGUUUUGCCCUCGCCGCCCAGGCCAUGCCUGCCGUUGUGGUUGUCACCGAGACUGCCACCGCCAACGCCGUCCCGGCCGUCCCCACCCCCGCCGUGGCCGUUGUCUACCAGACGGUCUAUGUCACUGCCGGCAGUGACAACAACGCCGCUGUCAAGCCUUCGACCUCCAAGGUUGCUGCUGUUGCUCCUACCGCUGCUGCCGCCACCAGCCAGAACCUGGCCAAUGGCUUCGGCCACAAGGCUGCCCCGGUCUCCAUCCCGUCCACAUCCGCUGCCGCCCCUGCUUCGACGCCCACCGAUUCUUCGUCUUCGUCGUCGUCGUCGUCGUCCAGCGGCGACUGGAUCAUGACCAUGCUGUGCCGCAUCAACGCUGUGCGUGCCCAGCACGGCGUCCAGCCCCUGGGUCUUACAUGUUCCGGCGCCAGCGACAUGACUCACAGCGACCCUAAGGGCUCUCUGGGCAAGCGCCUGUCGGCUGCCGGUACUUCGUGGAGCGGCGCCGCCGAGAACAUUGCCGCUGGCAUGGACUCGCCCGCCACCGCCCAGACCGCCCUGGAGAACUCGCCCAGCCAUCUGGCCAACAUGAUCAGCGCCAACAUGGCCUACUUUGGCGCCGGUGCCCUCAACGGCUACUACACCCAGAACUUCUACGCCCUGCCCGGCAACGCCCGCCCUGCCAACGUCCCCACCUGCAACUAAGACCUCCGGCUCCAUUUGGAUUCCUCAGUUUCUCCUGGGCUUCUUUAUGGAAAAGAGCUUUAGUUGUACUUUCUGGAGGGCCUGCUCUCCGCGGGUUUGUUCCCCUGAAAAGCGUUAAAAGUUAAACAGGGACACUUGCCCCCUACCUGUUUCAUAGUCGCUAGCCUCUCUUAUCCUCUUUAUGUUAUCUCUUCAAAAUAACGUUAUCUGCGC